GCUGGAGGCCUGUUUUUCUCACAUGCGUUGAGGGACGUUCGAUGAGUCGCAAACAGCACAAUCGAACGUUUGAAACUUGUUGGUUAAUAAGUCGGCGAUUCGCAGCCAACAAAAGAGUUCUGAAUCAUCUGUGCAUCUACAUUUUCCCAUUUCUCCUGGCAUUUCAGAAAUCCCUUGACAGUUGAAAUAGCAUAAGAAGGAUACGUUUUCCCUUCUCGUUGCCGUGUUUGACAAAGUCCCGGCAAAGCCAUAGCUAUUCGGGCGAUGGAAUCCAGUUGGCUUAAUUUUCAUGACCUGGCUAUUCGACGGAAUCGAUGUUGUUUCAAACGGUUCGUCGUGGCAGCAAUCAUUGGCUGUUGCCUAACGUUUUUAUCAAGACACGUCAUGGUCCAGCAACUAGAAACACUGGAGUCCACAGAAUUUCGGAAAUUUAUUUUCAUGAAAACUCACAAGUGCGGCACUAGUACUGUCGAAAACAUCAUAUUCCGGUUUGCAUUGAAGAAUGAACUGAACAUUGUAUUGCCCGAAGAGGGCAGCUACCUGUCGAGAGAUGAGCUUUUCGACCAUAACUCACUAAACACCACAAAAUGGAAGGAUCUCAAUUUCGAUAUAUUCGCGUUGCACAAUCGCUGGAACAAGAUAGAAGUUCUGGAGCUUUUGCGCGAAGAUGUGCCGACCUUCACCAUAAUUCGUGAACCCGUCGAAGUCUUUGAAUCCUUGUUCCACUACCUCGAUCCUAAAUUGAAAAACUUCUACGGCGUCCAGGAUAUUCACGAUAUGGUCCGCACUAUCAAAAACGCCACGUUAUCAGAUGUAGUGGAAAAACGUUAUUUGCGUCAUAUUGGGCGCAACCAAAUAGCCUGGGAUUUGGGGAUAUCGCCCGACCUCUUCGACAACGAAACCGCCAUAACGGAAGAAAUUGAACGUUUGGAUCACGAGUUCCAUCUUGUGAUGAUUGCCAACAGGAUGGACGAGUCCCUCAUCCUCUUGAAGCAAUUGCUCAACUGGCCUCUACAAAAUGUUGUCCACCUAGAUUUGAAUAGGAGGAAGCCGGAAAAGUCUUCCAAGUUGAGCGCUGCUGAGAAAAAGGUGCUCGAGAAAUGGUUAGCAGCUGAUGUCCAGAUCUUUCAAUAUUUCUCUCGUCGGUUCGACGAAAAAGUAGCCGAAUUCAAUUGGAAAUAUUCGACAUCACCAGCCGGCCGUCUUGACGUCGAUUCUGCCAUUAAGAGACAGACUCAAUUACUGGAGGAAGCCAACAGUCAGCUGUAUGAUCGCUGCGUAAUCAGCGAAGUGGGCAAUGAAGAGCUCGUCAGCAAAUACAAAACUUACAACGACAAUAUCAUGGGGUACUCCAUCAACGAGGAACAGGAAGAUUGUGGUUUGUACGUUAUGAGCGAACGCAGUUUUUUGAGCACCUUCAGAGACCUACUUUUAUCAAAAAUAACGACAACUUCCAGCGUAUUCAAGUGGUUUUGAUCAAUAAAAAGUCGAGCAAAUGAUUUUAUGGUGUCCAAUAAUAUGAGAUUAUACAAUACAUUGGUUUUUCCUGAU